AUGGCAGAUCAACAAGAUCCAGAAGAUCCAGAUGGACCAGAGCAUGAUCUAUCUGAAGAAGACUUGAUGUAUGUCGCCCUGCGUGAAGCGGCGAAGGAGAUGGAGUUUGCCAGAGGUGUUUUGUUUUUAAUACCCUUCUUUCUCGUGCUCUGUUUAGCGAAGAAAGAUAGCGAUGGCGGAACUCAGUCAAAAGUCAGCAAAGGAACAUCUGCAAAAUCAGAUAGCAAAGGAAAUAGCUCAAAAGGGAAACAGUCAGGCUCGUCAUCAGGCAGCAGUUCCAGUGGUCACCAUCAUCACCAUUGGUACACGGGGCAUAACGAUGACGAACACCCGAUACAUUACUCAUUGUUUCAACCAUACCACAGAGGGUAUUGUCCUGGAGUAGUUGUCUGUACAUUCGACGAUGGUAUUUGUGGCGACUAUGAAGUGAGUUCAGAUUGGAGAAGGGAAUGUAAUACAAUUAAUAAUGUCACUGAUUGCCAUAUGGCGUAUAAACCAACGAGUGUUUCGUCUAAUUCGUUCGUCUUACCAACAAUACACAACGUCCAAUCAAAUAAAAUACUUUAUGUGAAUUUCCAUUUUAAAUCGCCAGAACCAAAUGGUCUUAAACUAUACAGCAGGGAUGGAAACCAAACCAAAACUAUACUAUGGACAAACGAUCAUCCAAUCGUCGAGGAGAAACUACAGACGGUUAAGUUACCCUAUGGGGCGUUUGACCUGGUGUUUGAAGGAGGUGGAUCUCAAAGCGUUCAAGUAGACAAUGUGGAGAUUUACUGCAGUUAUUGGACAGAAUGGCGCAAAAGCGAAUGUCCCGUCACUUGCGGAGGGGGUGUAUAUACGUUCACUCGCAAGUGUACAUAUGAAGGUCGAAACAAAUUUCUAAAUUGUCCUGGACCAAACAUAAUGUAUGAAGAAGGAUGUGGUUCCGACCCAUGUCCAGUGCAUGGGCACUGGGGUAAAUGGGAAAACCCAAGUAGCUGUUCUGAGAGUUGUGGCGGGGGAACGAGGACACGUGCAAGAGUUUGCAACAAUCCGUAUCCCCAGCAUGGAGGAAUGGAUUGCGUUGGCAUUUCAGAGAAUGUGUUUCCUUGUAACGAUUUCCCAUGUUCAGCAUUCGAUGCGCACCCUGGUGGUGUUCAUGAGAUAUUUAGUGAAAUACAGAGAGCGCUUUUGGCUGAUUCUGGUAGGGACAUUGAAUUAUUUGACAACACGUACAAAGACCUUCUUGACACUGCAUCCAUAAAAUGUAACGACGGAGAGAUAAAGUUUUGCCACACCAGAGAUCUAUUGGCGGUAGUAGCAAUGUUUCGUGUUGCGAAACAAAAAACUCAGGCAGAUAUAAGAUACGUCACCGCAUCUGAUUUUCAAUCAAUUGGACUCCAAGCGUACAUGUCAGAGUUGAAGCAGCGUUACCUCAGGCAUCAACAGUUGUUUGAUGUUUAUAGAGGCAUGAAUAUUGAAAUGAAUCAGACUACGUGGGAAUUUACUCGUCUGAGCACAUAUUUUCGAACCUUGGCAGACUAUGAGAGAUCUAUAAAUGAAAAAGACAAGAACCGAUUGAGCACUGCAUUAGAUACCUUACGAAAUAGUAUAGAUGGACUAAAAACUAGCACACAAACACUUUUAACUGCAGUUCAAGGUACACUGACUGGAUUUGCAAUGGCAGGUACAGCUGGCCUUACAGCUUUUGAUUUAAUAUUGAAGGCGGAUUGCUUACCUCGACUGGGACUUCCAGAUUUCCCUGUGCCCGUUGGUGGACUUCCAGCCUCAGACCCUUGUACCAAAGACAUCGAUCGGACGAUAAAGAGAAUCAGGGAACAAUCCAACAAAAAUAAAGACAAAAUUUCAAAACUUGGAAGUGCUGUCUCGCCGUUUAUAAACGAGGUUGGCGACCUCGCAACCCUACUUAAUGACAACAAAGAUCAAAUCGAUGAGAUGAAAGCCUUAGUCGAAGCAUACACUGCAGCCGAUAACACCAUUUCAUACGCUGAUAUUCUCUGGAAGCACCAUCCACCCUACAGUCCAUUUCCUGAUCUAAAUUCUUCAAUCGUUGACAAUCUGAAACAAGACUUUGUUGACAAAUAUGGAACCUACGAACCCAAGGUUGUUGGUGCACAGAUCGCAGCAGUGACCGUUAAACUGAAAGACACUGCCAGUAAGAUGUGUGAGCUUUUCUCUACUGGGCAAGUGAUAGCUGAAAGUAUAACAGCAAGCAAAUCUGGGUUGAGACGUUGGGCUGAAACAGACUGCCCUGACAUGCUCGCAAAUAUAACAGAACUUGACCAAGCUUUAACGACCAUUUUAGAUUUCCAAGAAAGAAAGAUGGAGGUUAUGUCAAGAAUUGUGAGAUCGCACUUAGCGGAUGUCUAUGGCUCAUUUAUAGGUACAUCAGCAACACAAAUAAACCUCUAUCCAGUGACUGUGCUAAUAGCCUUGGAUUCCGCGAGAAUGCAAAGAGCUGCAGUAUAUCUUUGUAAUGCAAUUGAGUUUAAAAACGGAGGGGCCAGACCAGAUAUAUGCAGAAAUUACCACUUUACUAUGGAUGAGAUUGAUCGACUGAUAUCAAUGGUAAUUAGGGAAGAAGAAGAAACUGUGUACAGAGCGUAUAUCCCUACAACUCCUAAUGGUCUAUAUACUAGUAUCGAUAGUUAUAUAAACCUAAACAAGUUACUUAAAGGAGAGACCAUUUUAUUCCGUUUGCCCAAAGAUCCUGAUUGGUUGAUGCACUACAGAUGGAUUGAUAACCCGGAUGACCUUAAUGACGCAAUGUACAUUGAUUCAUUUCAAAUUGUCUUUCCAUAUAUGGAAUGUCAACACGAACACUUAUUCAUUGUGAAGGUUGACAUUGAAACGGUAAAAACUGUAACUCUUUAUCCGACAUCCGAUUCUCCCUGUUUCCAAAUAUCUCCUGAAAGUUACAGCUUUGCUUAUGAGGGUAAUUAUGGAUGGUGUCCAGCAGAUCAGAAGAUGACAUACCCGGAUGUCUGCGUCCGUUCUGGUGGAAUUCUUGGUACAAAUGAUGGCGGACAUGGAAAAUUUGUUCUUCCUACAUCCUAUUAUUCGGACUUUCACAUUACACUGAAUUAUGACAAUGUUCGUGAUAAGUUUGAUGGACACGAAGGGCAUCACUCUGAGUUUAGACCAGACUAUUGUAGGGAUGGCAGAUGUGAUGGUGGGCGAUUUGACAGAUUUCCUGACCAAAACGGUAACGAUUACAAUACACGUUUGCAUAAUGCUGAAAACACAGAGAAAAGAUACAGUUCGUAUUUUGAUGAGUACGACCAUUGGAACCAUGGCAUUCACGCAAAAUCACAGCAUCAUCAUCAUGGAUCGAAAUCACAUCAAAAUUCUGAGUCAAAGAGUGACGGUGACGAUAGGACUCCUGAAGCUAGUGGUAAAGUAGACCCAGAAAAUAAUAAGGAGCACGAUUGGAAUUUCGGAUACUACAAUGAUUAUGUUAAAUGGAAUGAACCGUGGGUGCACAGUCACCAUAGCUCCCAUUCACACGGUGGUCACCACCACAAAUCGGGCAGUGGACAUGGAAGUGCUUCUGAGAGUGGUCACAAGGGAAGUUCAAAAGCCGAGACAUUCGCACUACAUGAUAGUCACGAUGUACAUUCUGAUCACAGCCAUAAAAGUAACCCUGGGCACUCUAAACACUCGCAUAGUUCUAGUUCACAUCACCACCACCAUAGCGAGCAUUCCUCUCAUGAAGAACACCACAAUGACCCCAAUUACGAAAAAUCAUACAGAUUGCCUAGAUAUCACUAUGACUACGAUAUAUAUGAAAAAUAUGGGCACUUAGACCAUUAUUUUCAUCAGGAAGAUCACGAGCAUAAAGGAAAUUAUGGUGACUAUUAUGGAGACACGAGAAAUGGUGAGAAUGGUUACUAUGCAGGACAUGAAGAUGGUAGAGGCCAGAAUAACCACGACGUAAGAUACUUUUACAAUGAUGAUGAAAGGAUAAAAUACGGGAAUGAUAUUCCAAGAAAGGAUUCUCAUCAUCAUUCUGAACAUUACUACUGGCACCCGAAACACACUAGCCAUAGUUCGAGUGGAUCAAUAGAUGGCAGUAAUAGCAGAGUUGACAAGGAAAGCGGAAGUAAGAGCAGCAAAAAAACGCUACGUAAUAUUGGAAAAAGAAGCGCCAAAAAUGCAAAGAGCGGAAAGUCCAAAGCAAGGAAAAAGUCAAAGGAAUCUAAGGGAUCCAGCCACCAUUCUAAGGAAAAGAACAACAAAAUACGUCAUCCCUAUGACGACUAUGGCUAUUUCAGACCCGACUUUAAUCACUACGACAUGUACAAAUACAGACACUACCAUGGCUUCCAUUCUUGUAAAGAUAAGAUACUUUACGAGUAUCGUUACAACCACGUUCACCAAGUACCUGUAUUGAUUAAAAGAACCAAGUACAAGAAAAUGGAUGAAGUUGUAAACUGUUGGCCGAAUCCAUGUAGAAAUGGUGGUGUAUGUACGGAAGAUGCAAACGGACCUCACACUUAUUCAUGCAGUUGUCCUUCGGGAUUCUAUGGCAAUCGAUGCGAACAAGAGAAUGGAACUACUGUGGAAUGGAAACAAAUAGGCGUCUGCUCUCGAACAUGUGACGGAGGGAUACAACUCUAUGAGAAGGUGUGCUACGGCCCGGAUGACAAAGAGUUCAACUGUAUAAAACCACGAACAAAAACAGACUUUUGCAACACUCAUCAAUGUCCAAAACCAUGCCACGAGCUUGUCAUACCUGAUAAUGGUCAACGACUUGAUGACGGCUGUACCGCCCCUGGUUGCAUUGCUAAGUUCAGUUGCAAUGAAGGAUACAUGCUACAGGGCAGUGCGCAAAGAGAAUGCCUCUAUAGUGGAAUAUGGACGGGCUUCCAUACCUACUGCAUUGAUGCAAAGCAUCCUAUUUGUCCUGUGCUAUACAAACCUGAUGGUGGACACAUGACGAUAUUGCAUCAACAUUUCGGAGCUCACGUUCACUUCGGAUGUGGUCCAUUUGCAACCCUGAGUGGUAGUGUUACCAGAAAAUGCUUACACGAUGGCCAUUGGACAGGACAUGAAGCUGUAUGCACGCCUGAUAUUGUUGACGAUGUUUGGCUUGAUUGUAAUGACACAACUGAGUGUCAUGAAAUUGAACCAUGUGGGUACAGAGAACUAAUAUGGAAGAGCGAAGACUGUUAUGACUCGGUGUCCAGUGAAAGUUCAAAAUCCAGCAAAGAAAGCAAAAGUACUAAAAGCAGUGGUGGAAAAUCAACGAGCGAGGGAAGUAAAGGCACAUCAGCGGAAAGUAAGGGCACUUCAACUGAGAGUAAAGAGGAUUCAGCGGAGAGCAAAGAGGCUAAGGGUGUUGAAUCAUCACAAACGAGUAAGGAGUCAAAGGGACGAAGGAGGCGUAGGAGCAACGGGAAGACACUAGAAGACUCAAAGGAAGCCAAAGAAAGCAAAUCAAGUGAAAACAAUGGAGGUGAAGCGAGCAAGAGUAGUAAAACCAGUAAGAGUAGUAAAGCUAGCAAGGAUAGUAAAGCAAGCAAGAGUAGUAAGAGCAGCAGCCAUGGUAGCCACAGUCUUCCCGACCAGAGAAGGAAAUUCUGUCGUCGGAACAUUCCAAGGCAAUAUGUCUGUCGGCCAGAAGUGUGUCCAGAUGGCUGGAGUGAAUUAGCCACCGAAUUCAACUGGAGAUGUCCAUCUGGAGUCCAAAUAUUCUGCCAAAAGGAUUUGGCUAGGUGUAACUUCAACUGUACAAGGGGUGUAGGCGAACGACAUUGUCAUAUGCACGACAGCAGCAGUAGUAGUAGCAAAAGUAGCAAAAGCGCAAGUAGUAAGAGUACUGAAAGUAAAGACAGUGCAAGUGUAGAAGGCAAAUCCGAUCAAAGUGGUGCUGAUACUGAUGACGAUAACAGCAAAGCUAGCGAGGAAUCAGACGGUGAUGGUAGUAAAGGUGGACAAAUAAACAGCCAAGAGGUCGAUACACCCGAUGGUGAACGGAAAGUUGAUGGUGGAUGGAGUGUAACACAAUGGUCGAGAUGUUCUGUGACCUGUGGUUCCGGGUCAGAGUUGGGAUCACGUGACUGUAAUUCUCCGAAACCUGCAGGCGGUGGGGCCCUUUGCGACGGUCCUACAAUAAUAACAAGGACUUGCGACGCGGGGGCUUGUGGGGGAAGAGAGUUCGGACUCCGAAAUUCCGGAAGAAGUAACUUAAAUACUAGCAAGUGGAUGUUCAUUACUGGGUAUCUGUUGGUGUUAUACCUAGGCUAUAUAGUGACAUACAUAUGAUCCAUGAAGGACCACAAGUGACAAUCUAAUCAUCUCUCCGACUUAUCAUACGCUAGUGAUCAAAACCGUUGCAUAUAGUUAUGUAAUUAUCUACCCAAGAGGAUUUAUGAAAUUAUGGGAUUUCAAGCGACUUGAAACCCCAUGUUAAGUUGUAAUUACUUUUAAUUUAAUCAUAUAAUCUGAUUUUAUUUGUAACUCUACCGUGUUAAGCCACAUGGCGAACGCCCUAUUUCGAGAAAUAGAGAAACACACUUUGCAGCUUAUGCCAUCU